GUCGCCAGCUGGUGUCGCGCUUUGCUUAAACGAAAGUGAUUUAAUUAAAAAUUAUUAUUUGAAGUGAUAUUUUGUGCUUUCCUUUCACCUGUCAAGCGUAGCGCAGAAGUUGCGUUUUCGCUUUGCUCUUCAGUUGCCACUUCCUUUAAAUACUUUUGUUUAUAAUUUCUUCAAUCAGAAACGAAAACAAUAACGUUUGCUGCAACUCAUAUUGCAAAUAUAAAAACAACAACAACAAUUUGAUUUCCAUUUGAUUGUGAAGCGCUGGCACACUUACCAACUUUUUGGACAAAGCCGCUGACUGUUAGACGCUCUUGGCAACUUUGGUGAUUUGGUAAUAAAGUGAUUCGGCAUUUUGUGCUUUUUUGUUGUUGCUUACAUAUAACGCGUACGUACGUAAUUCGUGUGGAGCGUAUUUUUUCGAUAUUCCAACUCGCUUGAAUACAUAAAACAUAUGUAUUUGUGUAUAACUAAAUGUGCUUGUUGAUAGCCAUUAAUAAAAAUUCAUCAAAAAUAUUUGUAAUCAAAGUGUAAUUAGAAACGAAAACUAAAUAACGUGUGUAGGUACGGAGAGUGUCAAAGUGCAAAAGCAACUUUCAUUCACCAGUUUCGAAAAGUUCAAAUAAAUAAAAAUAAUUUUUUGGAAAAAAAAAAAUUGUUGAAAGUUUUCUACAAUAGUUUGUGUCAAGGUGCUUAAUAGUCGCGCACAAAAUGAGUUCACUCUCUUUUAUGGAUAUGUUAAAGCUGACCUUUAAGGUCCUCGAGUUCAAAUAUGAACAAAGUAAACACACGACAAAAAUUUAUGAGGUGGCCAAGACCAACAAAGGCGAGGUAAAAGGUGUGAAGCGUCUCACCAUUUGGGGCGAUGCGUAUUUCAGCUUUGAGCGCAUACCUUAUGCGAAGCCACCGUUGGGUGAGCUGCGUUUUCGGGCACCCGUGCCGGCUGAACCUUGGCAAGGCGUGCUAGAUGGCACUGGCCCCGCCGAGAAGCCCCUACAGACGAACGUUAUAUUUCGUAAAUACAAGGGAUCAGAGGAUUGCUUGUACCUGAAUGUGUUUACAAAGAGUAUCAAACCAGAGAAGGCUCAACCAGUAAUGGUUUGGAUAUAUGGUGGUGGCUUUCAAAUAGGAGAGGCCACACGUGAUAUGUAUAGCCCAGACUUCUUCAUGCACAAGGAUAUCGUGCUGGUGACUAUUGCCUACCGUCUUGGACCAUUUGGGUUUCUACGUUUGGAUGAUCCCAAUCUGAAAGUGCCCGGAAAUGCUGGCAUUAAAGAUCAAAUAAUGGCACUACGUUGGGUAAAAGAAAAUAUCGCAGCUUUCGGUGGUGACACAAACAAUAUUACUGUCUUUGGUGAAAGCGCUGGUGGCGCGUCCACGCAUAUUUGCCUGCUUAGCGAGCAGUCUAAAGGAUUGGUAAACAAAGGCAUCGUAAUGUCCGGCAGCGCACUCUGCUCGUGGGCGAAUGUACCAAACAAACGUUGGGCAUAUCGACUAGCCAAAGCAUUAGGCUACCAGGGUGAGGAUAUCGAUGCAGAUGUAUACGAUUACUUAUCAAAUACAAAAGGACCUGACCUUGUGCGUGGUAAUGGCAUGGUGCUGACGAAAGAGGAGAAACACAAUCGUACACUUUUUGCCUUCGUGCCAACUGUGGAACCCUAUUGGACCGAACAAUGUGUGUUGAGCGAACACCCGUAUGAGUUAUUGAAAAAGACGUGGAGCAAUGACAUACCGAUCAUCAUUGGUGGCACUAGUUUUGAGGGUUUAAUCUUUUAUCCAGAAAUAACACGCCGCCCCGCAACACUAGAUGAAGUGAAGAACUGUAAAAACCUCGUGCCAAUCGAUGCCGGUUUCGACCGUGAUUCGGAUAAGGCAGAAGCCUGUGGUCUCCAACUCAAAAGCACAUACUUUGGCGACGAGGAAUGUUCGCGUGCCACAAUGAUGAAGUUUUUGGAGCUGAACUCGCAUCGCGAAUUCUGGGUGCCCAUAUAUCGUACGGUGCUCGCUCGUCAACGCCACAGCACAGCGCCCACAUAUGUGUAUCGCUUCGAUUAUGACUCGCGCGAUGGUAAUGCCAUACGUAAUAUUCUCUGUGGUCGCGACAUGCAGGGCACUUGCCACGGUGAUGAUCUCUGCUAUCUCUUUUACGCCUUAUUUUCACAUAAGCCCCCGAAGAAUUCCAAAGAGUAUGAAAUUACGCGCACCAUGAUUGACAUAUGGACCAGUUUCGCGGCGAAUAGUGACCCGAAUUGUGAUAUGUUGGAGGACUUGAUAUUCGAGCCGGUUACUCGCGAAGUGGGCGACAUUAAAUGUCUAAAUAUCAGUGAGAAAAUAGAAUUCAUUGAAUUGCCUGGCAUGGAUCAGAUCAAAGUGUGGACCGAGUUUUAUGCGCCGGGAAAACUGUGAAAGGACCGCAAUUCAGGGGACUACCAUGACUGUGUGGUCGUUUGUCUACCUCAAUCUUAUCGUUUUUUGGACAGCAUGCUUUCGAACUUUUCUCUUAAGUGUGCGCUUCAUACCACAAGGGAUGCUUACAAGGGAUUGUUUAGAAGCAACGAUUUCAAGCAGGAAAAUACUAAUUACUCUCAGCUGUCAAUUGUAAAUAUUAUAAAUGUGAAUAAUCUGCGUAGCUCUAAAGUUUAGUUUUAAAUACAGUGAUCCGGUCUAUUUGUGGUUUCCUUCUAUAGUGAUAUACUUUUAGUUAUCAUAUGUGUUAAUCUAAAAAUAAAUUUAUGGUGAGAUUUAUACUGUAAAA